GAAGGAAAGACGUAGAGACAAUGAUGUCAAAGAUUUCCUUGUCUGAUACCGAAGAGGCUGCAGAUGCAAUCGAUCGUGUUGAGGAAGCACAAUCAGAGCAAAAAAGCUCAAUUUUUGGGUGGCAGAGAUCGUCAGACAGUUCGUUAAAAACAAAUUAUUACGAAGUUGCCAUGACGAAAAAACAAGGACUCAAAUCAACUGAUACAGCUGCUCAAAAAUUUAAAACUGUAAAGACAAUUGAAUUUGGUGAUGACUUACCAAAGGAGACUAAGACAGUUGAAGCGCUUGUGUCUGUGCCAGAGACGCCCAAAGUUCAUGAGAAAAGUGUGGAAGAAGGUGAAACUGAGAUACAAUAUGGCCGCAGUUGUGUCAGAAGGCCACAAAGUGCCAAAACUAAGCUGGUUUCAAAACCACCAUUCAGACAAGCCUCCAGAAUGGAGCAGUUGGCAGAUUUAGCACACCCACCUAUCGCAGAUCAAAAAUCAACCAUGGAAAAUCACUUAGAUGAAAGGACAGAAGAAAAACCAUCCCAAAUGGGAGCUCUAAAACUGUCUGUCAGGCCAUUUUCAGCCCCGCAGAGAAGACCACAAUCUGGUAAAGAUGGAAGUAGAAAAAGUUCUAAACCAUUCAGUCCAAGAAGACAUAUCAAAAGCAGGCCUAGAUCUGCUACCACUGCUAUGCAAUCUGGUGAGAAGUGUAAACGAGCCGAUCGGCCAGUUUCAGGACAAUCAUCAAAAGAGGUUUCAACACCAUCAAAAUUAAGUUAUAGUGAACAUAAAAGAAAUAGAGAAGCGGUCAAAUCACUUCGUGAAGGAACAUUGUUUAAAGGAAAAGCGGUUGAUCAAGUUGUUGUUGCACCAGAUGCUAUUGUAAUGAAACCCUAUCUAGGGAAGAAAAAAGAAGUGGAAAAGCCGAAAAAACCAAAACAAUGGGUAUAUGAAACUAAUGAAGCAAUGAUAAUGGAUGAUGUCGAUGAGGAAAAGUUUCAAAACCUUCAUGAUUCUUUACAUGACAAAGGCGUUAAUGUCUCGGUGCAUACAUUAAAGAAGGGACUGAUGCCACCACGUGAAAAGGGUUACACAGAGUGUCUUGCUCAUCUACCAGCUAACAGUACUUCAACUUUGUUAAGUCAUCCUGAAGAAUGGCUUGGUGAAGUUUUCCAGAGAUACAAACUAGCAGAAAAAGCCCUGCAAAAAGCUAAUAAUAGGAUGAUUGAGCAGGAAGAGAUGGAGGCUAAACUACUUGCAGCUGCUAUGGAAGCAAGAUCAAGAAAGAAGAAAAAAGUUUUAAAGAAAAGAAAGCAUAAACGAGCAAGCACUCACACAUCUUAAGUUUAUUCUACCUGGA